AUGCAUGCAAAAAUAGGUGUCGCUGGUGCUGGUGUCGCUGGUGCUGGUGUCGCUGGUGCUGGUGUCGCUGGUGCUGGUGUCGCUGGUGCUGGUGUCGCUGGUGCUGGUGUCGCUGGUGCUGGUGUCGCUGGUGCUGGUGUCGCUGGUGCUGGUGUCGCUGGUGCUGGUGUCGCUGGUGCUGGUGUCGCUGGUGCUGGUGUCGCUGGUGCUGGUGUCGCUGGUGCUGGUGUCGCUGGUGCUGGUGUCGCUGGUGCUGGUGUCGCUGGUGCUGGUGUCGCUGGUGCUGGUGUCGCUGGUGCUGGUGUCGCUGGUGCUGGUGUCGCUGGUGCUGGUGUCGCUGGUGCUGGUGUCGCUGGUGCUGGUGUCGCUGGUGCUGGUGUCGCUGGUGCUGGUGUCGCUGGUGCUGGUGUCGCUGGUGCUGGUGUCGCUGGUGCUGGUGUCGC